AUGAGCAAUCCAACCAUCCAAACGACGGGCAUCGACCCGGAGCCAGAAGCAAGCAGCAACGACACGAAGUUGCCCGCAACCCGCAAGACUCUUCAUCAAAAUAUCAUUGGCAAACUGCGCCCACUUCCCUUCCAAUAUAGAUGGGUAGUGUGGCACGAGAAACACGUUGAGUCUGCGAAUUACCAUGACAGGUUAUACCUGCUUCACGAAGAUGUCGCAGACAUUGCCACGUUCUAUCGCAUAUACAACAAUUAUCCUUGGGAGAAAGUCAGGCUACGAGACUCUGUGCAUAUUUUCCGUAAAGGAACAAAGCCAAUAUGGGAAGAUCCGGAGAACGUGAAUGGCGGAUGCUGGACGUUUCAGGUCCCGAAAGCGAAAAGCCAAUCCUUCUUCCACGAACUUGCCAUUCUCUGCAUGGCAAACGAACUCCAAGCCGCUGUACAAGGGGAGCACGAUCAUGUUUUAGGCGUAUCAACCUCUGUACGCUUCAAAACGCACCUAAUCUCUGUCUGGAAUAAGUCUGGUAGAAAUGAGAAGUCCAUUCGAGCUCUCGGUGACACAAUUAUCGAGCGUCUUUCUGAAGAUCUACGCCCAGCUUCGACUAAAUCAUACUAUUAUAAACGGCACGACGAACACGAUGGGUUCGCGGCCGCAUUAGAGGCAGUGCGAAAGAGUCAGGAGAAUAGCACCUCGUGA